AUGUGGAGGAACGACCAGAGUACGAGCUCUGCGGUCCCAGUGCCUCAACAAACUCGGACCCAUGCACCCUUCCGACCCCAUGAGGAACCAUCAAGUAUGGGCGAGGUGAGUGCGCGACGUUAAUUGGUACGCUGUAUGCCGGAGCCUGGCUUUUGUUCGCUCGCCCGAGGGAAAAAGGGGGACGAACGCGCAUGCUUUCAAGCUGCGACCUUUUCGAAUGCUAUCCAUCUUUACGGAGGGACUGGCAAAGAAAUAAAAGUUGGGUCGACUGCACCGCCCUUGCUCGUUUGCUCUCGCUACAGCAGCCCCAGCUCCAACUUGGACUUGCGCCGACGCAAGCCCAGCUGCUAGCAACGGCCGUCUGCGCCCGCGCGCCCGACCGCCGACUACCCACUGCCCGUGACGCAGAUUGCCGGGCGGCCGGAGCCCCAGCCUUUUCUCCCGGAUCGGCGAAUUCGAAACCCCGCGUCGUCAGGGCCACGGCGGCUUAGCGCCACGAGACCUUGUGGCUGCCGGCCGCUCCGGACUCCGCACGGCCAUCAUCCUCGGAUUCGUCGCAUUCUGGUGGACGCCGCAGCAACGAGUACUGACCACGCGAUACACCUUCUUUCUUCUGUUGAAAACUCUUUUUUUUUUCUAUCGAUCUACUAUGCUGUCCUGAUCACUUUAGGAUGGUUACCUCCGAAACCAAGACGCCAGCUCGUCGCACUCUGGAGGCUCGAACGAGCCGCUAGCCCGAAGAGGAGCCGCGCCAGGGGUCGCCGGAGCGGCCGCCGCGGGCGGCGCCACACAACGAAGGGGGGCCUCGCGCCGUGACGUCGACAGUGACGCUGGCAGCCCCGCAGACGAUAGCAUUGACUCUGGGUACAAGGCCGGGAUGCCGAUUGGCUUGCUCGCUGCUCGAGGUGAGUUGUGGCGGUCCCGUCCAUCUUUCUGGCUGCGCCUCGUCCUUGAGGUCCCCGCCAGGGUUGCCGCUCUUUUUAGCGCGCUUGCGUGCGCGUAAGCUCUGGACAGGAGGCGGGGACUCGAGGCACGCGUGCACACCCCGGAGAAGCUCUUUAUGUUUUCUGUUUUCUGAUCACUGAUUUCUGGCCCCUUCACCGCCACAUGCAGGCACACCCCACGCCAAGAAGCCCAUCUUCAAGUCUCGCAAAUUCCUGAUACUGUGUCCGAUCCUGGGUCUCGUGACGCUCGUCGUGAGUGACCGCGCCGCACCUUGACGCUUCGAUGCAGUGGCCUUGCGACAUACUCUGAUGAUUGCCCUCUUGUCAAACAAUAAUGUUCUCUCCACAAACAGGUCGGCAUUGUGCUCCUGGUCUUCCCCAUCUUGAAGGCCGUCGCCAAGCACACGCUUUCCGUCUCCGUGCUCGGCGUGACUUCGUCCAACAUCACCAACGCGGGCAACGAUUCAUUCACGCUCACGCUCGAGGGUCAGGCGCGCAAGGUCGGCGUCUUCCCCGCCCAGAUCUACUUCCGUGAACCCGUCUACGUCCACUGGAUCGCGCCCGAGAACCUCACCCAAGAGCUGCAGAUUGGUCACUUCCAACUGGACCGCAUCGGCGUCGCCGCCGGCCACGGUCGCAUCAAGCAGCAAACCACUUUUGUCAUUGACGAUGUCCCCGGAUUUUCGCGCUUCGCACAAUACCUCAUCACCCAGGACGAAUUUACCUGGCGCCUGAAGAGUAACAAUGUGGAGGCCAAGGCCUUUGGCUUCAUCCCCGCCCGCAAUCUUGCCUUCGUCAAGGAUCUGACUCUGCCGGCGAUGGCCAACAUGACCGACGUGUCGAUCACCGAUUUCCAGAUCCCCGGAGACGAUCCCGCUGGCGGCGUGUCCAUUUCAGUUAUCACCAAGUUCACCAACCCGUCUGCGUUCGGUGUCGGACUCGGCAUCCUCAGCGUCGACCUGUACUACGGCGAUCUGUACCUGGGUCCAGCUUCGACGGCGACAGAGACCAACUUGACGGCUGGUGUAAACACCGUCCACUUGGUCGGUCGUUUAGUGCCCUACGCCGAUGAUCCGGUGGCCCUGCAGAAAUUGUCGCAGGUCUUCUCCAACUACAUCAACGGCGAUGCUACCCCAGUUGAGGCUCGCGGCGCCAGGGUCGCUUUGCCCGGCGGCAACGUCGUUGGCUGGCUAACCACGGGUGUGAGCGCGCUGGUACUCAACGUGCCCCUUACGUCGCCGACGGGACCCAUCCGGCCGAUCACCGGUAUCACAAUUCAGCAGCUAUCGCUCGCUUUCGACCCAACGGCGCCGUAUUCUCCUCAAGCCAACUCGAGCGCCGUCUCAGCGACGUUUGCCUUGCCCUUCGGCUUCUCGCUCAACAUCGUCCAGCUCGCCAACAAGUUUGCGAUUGUCGAGAACCGCACUACCGUUGCGAGUCUGUCCUCUCCCAUGGGCGCGGCUAACACCAGGAUCCUCGUCCAGAACUCGGGUCAGACCUCGGGUGACAUCUCGCUCGAUUUGCCGCUUGCGCCUUUGGAGAUUGGGAGCAGCGUCAGCGAGCACUUGACGUUCGAUCAGUUCACGUACGACCUGACGACUGGAAACGGGUCCGCGUUCUACUUGCUCGGUAGCACGGACGCCGUGACCGACACGCCCCUCGGCCAAGUUUUGCUCAAGAACAUCGCCUUCAUCGUCCCGGCGGGCCUCAUCGGUCUCUCAAGCCUCUCCACAUUCCCGACCUUGGUUCGCAGUGUCGAUGUCUUGGGCGGCACCAAGGAUGCGAUCCUGCUGAACAUCACCGUCGGCUUGACCAACCCCUCCAACUUAGAUCUCAAGGUCGGCAACGUCACGUUCCAAUUGUUCAACAAUGGUUCAUUCGUCGGCACGACAGUUUUGCCCGACUUGCAUCUCACCCCGGGCUACCAAGAACACGGCUCGAUCGGCUACUUCCAGGCCAACAACAAUCCUGUCGGGCUCGAUACGCUCAACACCUUCGUCGCCGGUACCGACAACGAGCUCCAAAUCAGUGGUUUCAAUGGUUCGACCGCGGUCGAGAGUCUGACUCAGGCGUUCAUGGCGCUCAAGCUUAACACGACCCUGCCCGGUCUGCAAGCCAGGUUGCUCGAGUCGGCUGCGGUGACCGUAUUGCCGACGACCGGUGUCACGAGCAACUUGGCCAAUGCGGUCGUGAACCUCAACAACCCCUUCACCUCGGGCUUGACGGUCACGAACAUCCAAUCGAACGUCACCGCGUACGGAGUCUUCAUCGGUUCGAUCGUAACGAACACAAACUUUGCCGCCGCUGGUAAAGCUGUCACGCAAUCCCCAACCCUCGGACUGUGAGUUGGCUAGUUAAGGGCAACCUCGCUCGUUCUCUAUGCGGCACAAAAAUUGACCGACUUAUCUCUUUACCUUUUUCAUCAUACAUGCAGGGACAUGAACUUGUACCCUCCUGACAUCUUUGGUCUGCUCCGAGCGCUUGCCGUUACUGCGGGUUUGCCGACCGAGCAGCUCGAUGGUAUCGUCGGCCUCGCUGGCUACACGCUCACUCCGACCACCGCCGACGCCGCCGGCUCGCCCACCACUGCCAAUGUCACCGGCUCGGCCAAACGCUCCCUUGAUCCCAAGAUCGAGGCAUUCUGGAAGCACACUCUUGACAAACGAGCGAACACCUACACUGGGUCAGUUCAAGCCAAUCGAUGCUCGAGCUGCCGCUCACCUGCUCACAUCGUGGUUCCUCCUCGCCUCCCACAGCUUUGACCUGCCUUCAUUCGUCUUGGCUGCGUUCAAAGCUCUCGUCGUCAACGUCGAGCUUGCCGCCUCGACGACGAUCGGCGAAUACGUAACCGAACUCAGCUACACGCAAAAGAAUGUCCCAGCCGUCACCGACUCGAGCUUGACUCUGCUGUUACCAAUCCUGGCUCGCCCGAUCGUGCAAAAGAUUGUCGACGAAGCUAUCCUCGCCAUCACGACAGUGACCAUCGCGAACCCUAGCAACACUGCAUUCACGGCCGGUCUCGUUGGUGCCAUCAACAACGCCGGUCCUUUCGACGCUGUCAUUGCAUUCACGACUGGUCUGACGGUUGCGUGGAACGGCACCCCGCUCGGUCAGAUCGCCAUGCCCAACGUCUCCCUCACCGGAGACGUCGGCGCAUCGCUUGCUCUCUCGGCGACGUUUGCCGUCGCGGAUCUCAACCACCUCACCGAUUUCACGGGCUACCUGCUCACCGAGCCCUCGUUCACGUGGCAGAUCUACGGUCAAAAUCUCACCGUUGCUGCCCUCGGUAUCGAGGUCGGCGGCAUCUCGAUCAUGAAGACCGUAGUCCUCGACGGUAUGAACGGCUUCAAGAACAACGUCCUUAUUGAGAGCUUCGACUUGCCUGCCAACGACCCCGCCGGCGGUGUCGCAUUGACGUUGCAGACGAGCUUGACCAACCCGUCAUCCGUCGGUGUGGACCUCUCCAGCAUCGGCUUUAUCAACUCGUUCGGCUCGACCAUCAUCGGCCCCGCGGGUGCGACGAGCGCAUUCUCGCUCAAAGCCAAAUCGACGAUUCAAUUACCCCUGUCAGGUCGACUCAUCCCCCAGACGACCGCUCAAGGACUCGCCGACGUCUCGAGCAUCUUCAACGGCUUCAUCCACGGGGUCCCGUCCGAUCUUGUCGUUGCUGGUGACUCUGCUGGUCCUGCCGACUGUACGUGGCUCAACCAAGGCAUCAAGAAGCUUAAGAUCGCAGUCGUACUCCCUGCGGUCGCCAACUUGCAAAUCAUCAAAGCUAUUAACAUCAACUCGCUCACGCUCAUGUUUAGCCAGUCCGAUCCGUGGAACCCGCUCUUCACCACGACGGAUACCCAGGCUGGUUUCGGGCUCCCCUUCGCAUUUCCUAUCGACAUCACCUACUUGGCUACGACCAUCACGGCCAAGACCGGCGCCAGCGGAAGCCGUCUCGCUAAACGCGAUGCUGGGGACUUCGCGACGCUCGCCGUCCCAUCGGGUCCCGUCAAAACGAACGUGGAAACUCGAGAGAUCGCGCUCACCUUUGCCAACGUGCCUUUCAAGUCGAUGGACAACUCGGCCUACUCGGGCUUCCUCACCCAGACCACCGACUCGCCGCAAGUUCAGCUCGGCCUUCACGGUAGUGCUGACACAACCGCGUCUACGGCCAUCGGUGCGCUCAACCUUGUCGGCAUCGACUUUGAAGUUUCGUCUCCCUUGCUCGGUCUCCAGGGCCUGAACGCGCAACCGACCACCGUGUCGGAUCUUGAUGUGUUCCGUGGCUACACCGACUACUUACAGAUCAACGUCAAGGCGCGCUUGUACAACCCGUCCAACAUCACGAUCGGCACCGGAAACGUGGCUUUCGGUCUACAAUUCCAAGGGCAGAUCAUCGGUACGGCCAAUAUUGACAACCUUGUGCUCGUCCCGGGCGAGAACAUCGUCGCCACGGCCGUCCACUAUCAACCGGGUGGCGGUGCUUCCACGGCUGCGGGUCAGCAGCUGCUCGAGAACUACAUCCAAAAUGUCCAGUCGGCGACCAUCAUCCUCGGUACCGAUACGACCACGCCUAUCGCGUCACUUCAGGCCGCUCUCAAAACGAUCGCUUUGAACACUCAAAUCCCCGCCCUGGACCAAUUGCUGAUCACGAAGGCGGCGCUCACGUUCCCGAUGAACAUUGGUCAAGCCGGCGUGACGGCCAACGCCAAAGUCACGCUCGCCAACCCCUUCACGGCUUCGAUCAACAUCAUCAACGUCGUCACCAAUGCCUCGUACAAUGGCAUCUUUGUCGGCGCAGUCAACGCCCAAAACCUGAACCCGCGCAUCUCCGCGCCUGGCCACACCACGAUUGUCUCUCAGGAUUUGCCAUUCACGCUCAACACGGAUGUCAAGUCUUUGGUCCGGUUUAUCGAAGCUGCUGCCGCUGCUAAUAGUGUCAAUCUCGGGCCUCUUGGUAAGUCAAACCUUUUCACAGAGUCGGCGUUGGACAAAGGUAUGCUAACCGGUGAACCGUUGCCGUUUCUCAGUGCCUCAGUUUGCGUACGUACUCGGCCUUUCCGACACGUCAACGAGUGUCACGGCUUCGGUCAACCCCAACCCCGAGUCAUGCGCACCAACGGGCACGACCAAAGCCGUCCAGGGGCUGAUUUUGGCGGCUGUCGCAAAUCUCAAGACCGAUUUGGCCAUCUCGGCCUUCACAGCUCUCGAUCAGUACCAGACCGGUCUUAAUUUUGUGCAAAACCAGGUUCCGACUGUCUUGGAUGACUCGGUGUUGUACCUCACCGGCAUCAUCGGAGCUCCUAUCGUUUCGAACAUCGUCGCACAAGCCCAACUCGCCUUCGUGUCCGGUGACGUCGACAACAUCACCGACAAAGGUUUCACGGUCGCACUCAAGGGCAGCUUGACCGACGCUGGGCCCUUCGAUGCCCUGAUCUCGUUCCCUGAGGGAGUUCAAGUGAUUUUCCAAGGCAAUUACAUCGCCGACAUCGCUCUGCCCGACAUUUGCUCGCCCGGCUCGACGAACGUGCCCAAUUUGCAGACCACGGGUACACUCACGAUCCGGGAUCUCGGCAAAUUCACCGACUUUGCCACUUACCUGUUGCUGAACCCAAGCUUCACUUGGACCAGUCAGUGCCCUUGACGUUUCCCAUGCUCCUGCUCUAGCCGGUGCCUUGUACUGAUUCGUCUCCUCCCCGCUUGACUUUGUCAAUAGUCACGACCAAGAAGUUGCGCGUGUACGCUUUGCAGACUAUCUUCGAUAACGUUACGCUCACCAAGAACAUCACCUUCUCGGCCUUCAACGGCCUUCCCGGUGUCACGAUCGUCAACCCCGACUUCCCCUCAGACGUCGAGAAUGGCAUCGCCCUUGUUACGGAAACCGCCAUUCCCAGUCAGUCGAACCUCGGCAUCAACCUCGGCACCGUCAACUUUAAGGCCUACUUUGAGGGUGAGCUCGUCGGCCCCAUCCAAGGAAACAACCUCGAUCUCGCGCCUUUGACGACGACGACUACGAAGUUGACGGGGACGAUCGUGAAACGUACCUCUUCGGCGAGCACGUCCUCUCUGGGUCACUUGUUUUCGGGCUUCUUGGCUGGCCUCAACCAGACCUUGCAAGUCAAGGGAGACUCGGUCAUCUCACCAGCUCAGCCGAACAAGGCCGUGAAUUGGCUGAGCGCUGCGUUCCAGCAGUUGACGUUGCAGGUCGUGCUGCCGGGCAAGAUCUUCCCGGACAUUAUCUCUUCGGUCACGCUUCAGGAUCUGACGGUCCGUAUUACGGAACAAGAUGCGGCCUACAACGUUCCGUCGCGCAACAACGAGACCGACGUCGUCUACAAGUGAGUUCUCUCUCUCCUCCUCCUCCCCCCCCCCCCCCCCCCCCCUCCCGGGCCUUGCUUCGGGGUCGUGGACUCCUCAGCUUGAACGGCGCUUACACUAAUUGUAUGUCUUCCAAUCGGUCAACAGGAAUCCUUUCGGCUUCUCGCUCACUGCCAAGCAAGUUGGCGGCUCGUUCUACAUCAAUUGGCAAGGCGUCCAAACGGCUCUCUUGACAUUACCGGUCGCUAACGCUGUCCGCGUCGAAACCUCGACCGGGCAGCCUGCCAACCUCGUCAUCGACUUCAAGCAAGACCGGUUCAUCAAGAGUCUUGACGACGCCUCUUUCCGCUCCUUCUUUGAUGCCAUCACGAACACCGCGAGCGUCACAUUUGGUCUCAACGGGGCGGCGACCGUCACUGCUGGCACGAACGCGGGAGAUAUUCCCAUCACAGGCAUCCCUUUCAACGUUCAAACGUCCCUGCGAGGUAUCGAAUCCCUCAACGCAUGCCCUACUGUCGUGUCGGACCUAGUGGUAUACCAAGGCUUCCCGACGUACCUCCAGAUCAACGCCGACGCGGCGCUCUACAACCCGUCGAAUGUGACCGUGAUCACCAACGACGUCACGUUCGGUCUGUCGUUCAUGGAUCAGAUCGUUGGUUCCGUAAUCAUCGGCGAUUUGUUACUCAUUCCGGGUACCAACAACAUUGGAACCGAGGUGCGCUACAUGCCGCAAACGGCUGCUCAGGUCGUGGCCGGCAUGGAGCUGCUGGCCAACUACAUCGAAGGCAAUGUCUCGGACGUGAUCAUCGCCGGCACGAGCACGACAACCCCCUACGGCUCGCUCAGUGAAGCGCUCGGGAAGAUUCAGAUCAAGACGUCGAUCCCGCCCAUUCACCAGAACAUCAUCACCCGCGCGGACCUGAGCUUCCCGAUCAACAUUGGCAAUGGCAAUGUCUCGUCUCAAGCGACGUUCGGCCUGAGCAACCCGUUCCGAGUGUCGAUCAAUCUUGUCAGCGUGGUGGCCAAUGCCUCGUACAAGGGUAUUUACCUUGGCCAAAUCAAUCAACAGCCUCUUCCUACGGUCAUUACGGCGAAGGGUUUCCAGAACAUCACCUCGUACAAGUUGCCGUUCAACCUCAAUCUCGAUCCGCGCUUCCUCGCCAAGUUUGUCGAGUUCGCCGCGGCCAACAAUGGCGUGGACCUUGGCAUCCUGAGUAGGUCUAAUUUUGAGAUAUUUGAUGCCGGUGUUUCCUUAGAGUCGGUCUGAUCACUGACGCCGCUUAUUACGAUCUCGUGCGAACUCCGUAGAGCCGGCGCUGGACUACGUCAUCGGGCUUUCUGACGCCCAGCUCAACACGGCAGCGGUCACCGCUAUUACGUCCAAGGUCAACACGGCCAAAGAGACGUGUCAGCCCACCGGAACCACCAAAUCGGUGCAAGAAACGAUUCUCAAGGCCGUUGCAAACCUCCAAACCGAUUUGAGUGUUUUCUCAAACACGCGUCUUGAUCAAUACGCCACUGGUGCGUAUAUAGUGACCGGGCCGGGCCUUUAGACCCGAAAGUUGAAGCUGACGCUGCCAAAAGGUCUGUUCACUUGCGAUAUACAGACUUGCAAUUCGUCCAAAAAAAUGUUCCCACCUACUUGGACGACUCGGUACUGUAUCUCACCGGUAUUCUUGGUCGUCCGAUCGUCGCCAACAUUGUCGAUCAGACGACGUUGAGCUUUACCGGCGGCUUCAUCAACAACCUCACCGACAAUGGCCUCACAGUUGCACUCGUAGGAUCCUUGCUCAGUGCUGGACCUUUUGAUGCCAGCAUCGAAUUCCCUUCCGGUGUUGACGUCAUCUGGAAGGGGCAGAACAUCGCCAAGAUUGCCCUGCCCCCGAUCUGCUCUCCCGGUAACGUCGGUGUCCCAGCGCUCAACACGACCGGUAUCCUCACGAUUACAAAUUACAAGGGCUUCGUCGAGUUCGCAGGCUAUUUGUUGAACAACCCUCAGUUCACCUGGACGAUCACGACCGACAAGUUGCGAGUUUCGGCGCUCGGAACAAUCUUCGACAACGUGACGCUCACCAAGAACGUCACUUUCGAUGCGUUCAACAAGCUGGCACCCGGAAUCUCGCUCAUGAACCCCGAUUUCCCCGGCGACGCGAAAAGCCCACCUGGUAUCAAACUCACUGUCGACUCGGUAAUUCCGUCCCCUUCGAAUCUCGGCAUCGAGCUCGGCGAAGCGACCUUCAUCGCGAGCUACAAUGGGUCCGAGAUCGGUCCUGUUACGGCGAGCGACCUCACCCUGAAGGCCAAGUCGAACACGAGCGAGUCGCUUGUGGGAACCGUCAUCUAUCGUAACGACGCGAACGGCCUCACGUCUCUCGGCGACGUCUUCUCGCUCUUCUUGGCGGGCGAGAACGUACCUUUAACGGUCACGGGUAGUUCGGUCACCUCGCCGGCGCAGAAGACGCCCGUCAAGUGGCUUUCGGAGGCGUUUGGUCAACUUGUACUUACCGUGCAGCUGCCCGGCAAGAAACAGAAGAUCCUCAGCGCGAUCCAGCUUCGUGAUCUGACUGUUACGGUCGACGACGGGGCGCAAGACUAUGCCGCGAUUAUUGCGAACAAUGCCACGGACGUCACCUUCCGCAACCCUUACGGCUUCACGCUCACGGCGAUCCAAGCGGGAGGUAAUUACAUCCUCAACUACGAAGGACAAGCUGGAACUCUGAAUGUACCCGUUGGAAACGUUGUGAAGCAAGGUACAUCGACCGGUCAAGAUGUAAGUCGCGCCUUGGUGGCCUCAAUUACCAGCAUCUGCACAGCGAAGACUAAAUCACAUACCGCUCGCUUUUGUCUGUUCUCUGUUUUCAGGCCAACAUCACCAUUCAGUUCGUGAACCCUCCCGCAGUCUUUGUGGCGAACAACACGCUCGCGUAUCAAAAGUUCUUCGCCGCGGUCACGAACGACGCCCAGGUUGCGUUCGAGCUCACUGGUGGCGCUUUUGGUGAGUCGCGCUUCUCGCUCUCCUUUGGGCCGGGUAUUCUUGCGACAACUGAGCUUGUCAACCUUCCCCCCAGUCACUGCGCGCACCGCGGCAGGAGAUAUCCCCAUCAGCGGCAUUCCAUUCGACGUGCCCUCGACUUUCCCUGGUAUCAACGGCUUCGACCACAAGACGGCAAUAAAUCAAGGUGGGUGCCUGUUGGCCUCAAAGGAACUACCACCGCACCAUUCAAACAUCGAGUGGCUGAGCCUAAUUUUCUUUUUCUGCAGUGCCCGUGGUGUACGAUGCAGGAAGCGACGCGGAUCCUUUCGGCCAAACGGCUGGAUCCGACUUUGUUCGCAUCGCCAUUACGACCAUCCUGAUCAACCCGGCACCUCUGAUCCUCCACACCAACUUCGCGUCGCUUCAGGUUUACUACAGAUCGGUGCUGGUUGGACGGGCUUACAUCAACCCGCUUGAUUUGUACCCGGGUAAUAACUCGGUCCCUGCCGAGUUCCACUAUGAGGUAUGUGCUGCGCAUUCUUCGAAUAUAGCCGCAGGGUGCUGUACUAAUGAGAACUUUCUUCUCUGCGCAACAGCCUAAAACUCGCUCGGAUCCAAUAGCUCAGGACAUCCUGACCCAGUACCUCGAGACGACCGGCCCGAUCCCUAUCAAGAUUGAGGGCGACUUGACUUCGUCACCUUAUAAAUCUUUGCAACCAGCCUUGGGCGCGCUCUCGCUCAAUGCGUCGUUCCCGGGGCAAGGGAAGCCUCUUAUCAACAAGAUCAUUGUGGGUUAACUGCACUAGCUGGCACGUUCGACCCCUUGCGAGCGUACCGGGGCGCUGACUCCACCACCUUCGCCACAAUGUAGAUCUACAUUGAUCUUAUCACAGCCUUUUGCAACCGCACGGUGUCCAUCCAAAACCAACUCACCAACAACCUUGAGACGUACAUCGAGUUGAUCCAUUUCUCCGGAACGGGCACUCAAACCGGGACGGAGUAUGCCUCGUUCAACUACACGUUCUCGGGCUCCGGGUUCCGGACCGACAAGGGCGGAACGGGGUCUUUCUCCGAGGUCGUCAAGCCCGUGAAGCUCACAAGCCCUCUUGGACUUCUCGGCUCUAUUCCACUUCUCUUCACGACGGGCUUGGGUCUCGAUAUCGUGAGUCGCGUCGGGCUUCUCAUGCCGGCCAAAUACUCGCUGACGCAUCAAAUCCCGGCCACUCUCAGGACAUCAUUGCGGAAGUGUCUGUCGGCGGAUUUGUCACUCCUUCGCUCCACUAUACGCAGAAAGCGGUCCCUUACGAGAUCCAGUUCUCGUCAGGCGGCUCAACGAUGAACUCGUCCUCGACGGGCUCCACGCUACCGUCGCUGUCGCAGCUUACCGGAUUACUGGGUGCUCUGGGAAAUAUCGCGACGUGCAACCCCCUGGGCGGUCUCAUUGCAAAGACGUCGGUAGCCGGGGACCUACUGUCGUCCGCCACAGCAAUCAUCCCCUCAGCACUUCAAGGAGUUAUUGGCGGCCUCGGCGGGCUACUCACCGGGGGAGCUCGCGCCCCGAGUACGACCACCAGCCUGAGUGUCAGCACCAGCCUGAGUACCACCACCAGUCUGAGUGCCACCCCCAGUCUGAGUGCCACCACCAGUCUGAGCUCAAGUACUACUGCGGCUCCCACGACGACCUCCAAUACCCCCACUACGACCACUACGACCACUACAACCACUACGACCAGUGCUCCAGUCAUUCGCAAGCGGACUGUGGAAGAGAGCUUGGGCCAGCAAGCCCUCGGCGAGGAGUUGAAUAAGGUUCCCCAGGAGUUGCUCGCUCGGUUCGGCUUCACGCUCGGUGAGCCGGUCGCCAAGGUGCAGCAACGUCGCAUGGACGAGUACUGGAUCGAGAAGGCGAAACGUGCGCGAGCUGCCGUGGAGGACGAUGAGGAGUGA